UUCACUUUCUCUUGGCAAACUGUUGUGCCUUUCCGGCCGGACACUCGUGUCGCGGCCCUAGUUCUCACUUCCAUUGGGUGUCUGGUUUCUAGAAGCCAAUCAGCGGCCCCGCGAUUCCAGGUUAUAGUCUCCAACGGUACCCACACCGCCUCCGCCGGGACUCGGUUUCUCCCCAGACCCGGAGGAUACGGGUCAUGGGGCCGCGAACCCUCCUCCUGCUGCUCUCGGAGGUCCUGGUCCUGACCAAGACCUGGGCCGGCUCCCACUCCCUGAGCUAUUUCUGCACCUGCGUGUCCCGGCCCGGCUUCGGGGAGCCGCGUUUCUUUGCCGUCGGCUACGUGGACGACACACAGUUCGCGCGGUUCGACAGCGACGCCCCGAAUCCGAGAAUGGAGCCGCGGGUGCCUUGGAUGGAGCAGGAGGGGCCGGAAUAUUGGGAAGAGAUGACACGAGAUGCCAAGAAAGCUCAAGAGAGAUUGCGAACAGGCUUGAACACCAUACGCGGUUUCUACAACCAGAGCGAGGCCGGGUCUCACACCCUCCAGUGGGUGCUUGGCUGCGACGUGGGGCCGGAGGGGCGCCUCCUCCGCGGGAUCUGGCAGAACGCCUAUGACGGUGCGGAUUACCUCGCCCUGAACGAAGACCUGCGCUCCUGGACCGCGGCGAACACGGUGGCUCAGAUCACCAAGCGCAAGUGGGAAAUCUCCGGGGAGGCAGAGUUCCAACGGAACUACCUGGAGGUCAAGUGCGUGCAGUGGCUCCUUAGACACCUGGAGACAGGAAAGGACACGCUGCUGCGCGCAGACCCUCCAAAGACACAUGUGGCCCAUCACCCCAUUUCUGACCAUGAGGUCACCCUGAGGUGCUGGGCCCUGGGCUUCUACCCUGAGGAGAUCUCACUGACCUGGCAGCGUGACGGGGAGGACCAGACUCAGGACAUGGAGCUUGUGGAGACCAGGCCUUCAGGGGAUGGAACCUUCCAGAAGUGGGCAGCCCUGGUGGUGCCUUCUGGAGAAGAGCAUAGAUACACGUGCCACGUGCAGCACGAGGGGCUUCAGGAGCCCCUCUCCCUGAGAUGGGAACCUCCUCAGCCCUCUGUUCCCAUCAUGGGCAUCAUUGUUGGCCUGGUUCUCCUCAUGGUCACUGGAGCUGUGGUGACUGGAGCUGUGAUUUGGAGGAAGCACUCAGGUCAAACAGGAAGGGGCUACACCCAGGCUGCAAGCAGUGACAGUGCCCAGGGCUCUGAUGUGUCUCUCACGGUUCCUAAAGUGUGAAACAGCUGCCUUGUGGGGACUGAGUGAUGCUUGGUCCCACUGCGACAUCAGAUCCCCAGACCCCUCUUUCUGCAGCUGCAUCUGAAGGUGUCUGUGCUCCUAUUAGUGUAACAUGAAGAGGUGGGGAGACUGCUGACCUCUUCCAGAACAAACUUCUGGAAUUAAAAAGUGCUGCCUAAUAGUCACAGCAGGAAGAAUAUGCGACCUGUGCCCCUGGGAUCUUUUCUGAAGAGAAAAUAUCAUUAUGUGUAGAGUGCAGACUGGUGGGUGUGGGAGGGAGGGCUGAUCCGCUCUUGUGGGGAAAGCACAGGCAGCACUGAUGUCAGUGUGAGUGAAUGAUGUGCUGUAGCUGCCGAGAGAGAGCAAGUGGCCUGAGUCCACAUUAAUGAAGACAGAAUACAGAGGCGUCUACACUGAUCGUUCCUUCAUCUGGUAUUUGUUGUGUGCCAGAUAGAUGAUGCUCUAUUUUUGCAUCAGUGAAAAUUCAGUGAACUAACAGCAGACACCCUUUGUUGGCCUCAUGCAGUGUGUUCUGGUGAGGGGGGCAGAGUGAGCCUAAUAAGUGAGGGAAGUGUCUGCCUAGAGAUUGGCAAGUGCUCUGAGGAAGGUGACCCAGAGUAUAAGUGUGUGGGUACAGGGAAUGUGGCUGUUUUACUAGCGUGUUCAGUAUAGGCCUUGUUGAGAUGAUCUUUGAGUAAAGAUGUGAAGGACAUGAAAGAAUGUCCACAAGCAUGUCUGGGCAGAGUCCUCUCCAGGCAGAGGAGCCUCCAGUGCAAAUGCAGGAGGGCAGGAGAGUGUGUGUGUGUUCAAGGAAGAGCCAGGAGGCAGGUGUGGCUGGAGGAGCAAGGAAUUUCGAUGAGAUCUGGUGUCUGGCCAGAUCAUGUGGGCCUCCAGCAUAUUAGAAGGUGUCUUAUGUCUGUGAAAGAUGUGCACUCAUAAGAUGGUUUGACUAGAAGAUGACCUGGUGUGACUGCUCAUUAGAAGCAUCAGUCUAACUGCUGAGCAGAAUCAGGAGGUGAAGGGUGAGUGAUGCAGUGGAGGAGCCUGUAGGAUUAGUGUGGUGUCCAGGGUGGGGAUGACGGUGCUCCCCUGGACCCUUAUUAAAUCUAGACAGUCGGGAGUAGAGCCUGAGAAUCUGCAUUUGUAAUAAGGUUGGUGCUGAUGCUGCUGGUCUUCAGAUCACACUUUUAAUAGCAAGAAUGAACAUAGACCAGGAUUCGCACAUGCUGUGUAUCAGCCUCACACACAGAGGUUGUUAAAGAAGCAAUCCCUUGGUCUUGUCCUAAUACUCUGAGAAGGUGGUUCUGGGGAGAGGCUGAGCAUUUCGUAAGAAGCCCCACAAGCAAUUCUGGUGAUUAGCCAAUUUGGGAACCACUGAGGUAAAUGACAUCGAGUGGCCAGAGAAGGAUCUUAAAUCCACAUUUAAAAGCUUUUUUUUUCCUUCAGAAAGAAAAGGGAAUACCUAUAUUGUCAAUUAUGAGGUGUGAUGUUGAAAAAUACUGUAGUUCUUACUCCACCUGAAGACUCAGGCAGUGGUUCACAGUUCAGUGUAAUGAAAUCCUUGCUCUCUGAAACUAUUCUCCAGGUUAAGUUCUCCUCACUUAUUCUUGGAGCUAACCAUGGGAUCCAAAUAAAGUUAGACAUACAGUACUAUAUAUAUAUAUAUGGCUCCACGGGGACAGGAUCCAGUGUCCACUCCAGGCCAGGUCCCACAAAGGAAGUUUCGGCCCUGCUGGGGCACAGUGUCACUGCUCACACAGUGAGCCCCUCGUGCUGGGCAUGGACCCCGUGCUGAGGACGGCCAUCACUGAGGCUCCUGACAACAGGGGGUGGUGUGACUCCCACUCUCAACACCCUUGUCAGAUGCAUCCUGCAUAGUUCCAGCUUCUCUGUGUCACAACGUCCUAAGUAGAGUCUGACAUGUGGUCACCUGAGUGGUGGGACCUCAGCAUCAUGCUGUGUGCUCUGUCAAGAAUAUGUGGGAAAGUGGGUUUUCUUCUUUAAUGGAGGAAGGUGGUCUCUGCCUCCUACCAAGACUCUUUCAGUGUGGAAUUCUCCUAAUGUGGAAAUGCUCCUAAUCAGGUGAGGGGGAGAAAGGGAUGGACAAGAAUGUCAAAUUUCAAUUGUUAGAGCAAAGAUCUGGAACUGGAACGUGACCUGGUACAAUGCAGGCACUUGGGUUUGGCUGAAAGAACAAGUGACUAAUAAAUGCCAUCUGGGGUAGA